AUGCAAACGUGCAUAAACAAAGAGGAGAGUCUACUGAAGGAAUUGUGCACGUUAUGUGAACAAUACAGAGAAUGCCAGGUGGCAAAUGUAGAAAGGUUGCAGUUACCUGCUCAAAUAGCUGAUGUCAAGUCCAAAAUUCUUCAUAUGAUUGUUGAACGAAUAAAUGAUCAACUCAAAGAAAUCCGUAUUGUUAUGUCUGAAUACCAAAAGUUGUUUGACAGAAUUCAUGAAUCUAGAAUGCGAACCUUUAAAGAUUUACCCAAAAUCAGCUACCUGAUUCGGCCAAAUUGGAUAUAUCCAACUUUUGCAGUCAUGUUGGAAUGGGUAGAUGACUCAGAAAAAGAAGUUUAUGCUCAGCUUUGCCUAAAGUAUGAAUUUUUGGACACUCUGAAUUAUAAGGAUGAAGAAAUUUGGCAGAAAUGUAUGACGACAUGGAUUGAAGCAGAUACUAAAAUUCUUGAAAAAUUUGAAGAACGACUUGCUUAUCUUCAGAAUUUUCUUGCUGAUACCUAG